AUGUCCGACAUUCGUCAGAUACUGGACAAGGUGCCUCAUCUGCCCCAGCUCGUGUAUAAGAGCUUGAAGGAAGGGUCAAGAGAGACGGACCCGUGCAGACCGCAGAGACCGAACAGGUCCGCCAAAGUCAACGCGUCCGUCCAUGGGUCCCGCCCAGUGGAUGAGGAGGACGCUCUGAAGGACGUAUUCAUGUGGGGAGAAGGCGUAGAGGACGGCGUGCUUGGUGGCGGCGGCGGCGCUGACAGGUAUGAUUCCCAUCGCGCGGGAGGCGAUGCGUUGCUUCCGAGGCUGCUGAAAUCCACUGAUACGCUGGAGGUGAGGAAUAUCUUCUGCGGCAAACAGUACGCCUCCCUGGUCACCAAGCAAGGGGAGAUCUUCACCUGGGGAGAGGAGCAUGGCGGAAGGCUGGGCCACAAGACCAACCUCGACGUUCCCUACCCCAAGCUCGUUGACUCGUUGGUCAGCGCCCACGUCGUGUCGGUCGCCUGCGGAGUGAGCCACGCCUGCGCGUUAACCAGCUCCGGCGAGGUCUACGAGUGGGGAGACAGCUGCCACGGCGCCGCCCACCCUGGAGAAGGGAACAGACGGAGCCAGUGGAUCCCACGUAGACUCGCGGGGCCCCUCUCCGGCAUCUCCAUCUCGAAAGUCGCCUGCGGGGACUGGCACACGGCGGUGGUUUCUUCCUCUGGGCAGCUGUUUACCUACGGAAACGGCGUAUUCGGAGUUCUCGGUCAUGGGGAUCUCGCGAGUGCCUCCCGGCCGAAGGAAGUUGACGCUCUGAGAGGGAUGAGGGUGAAGUCCGUCGCAUGCGGGCCGUGGCACACCGCCGCCGUGGUGGAGGUCGGAGCAGGUCGUUGCAGAGGUGGCGACUCCUCCUCCGGUAAGCUGUUCACCUGGGGAGACAACGACGAAGGGAAGCUGGGUCACCCAAGCAAGGACAAGAAGCUUGUUCCGACAUGCGUGGCGGCUCUUGCGGAUCACGACUUUGUCCAAGUGUCCUGCGGAGUGAUGCUGACCGUCGUGCUGACCAUCACUGGCACGGUCUUCGCCAUGGGGAGCUCCAUCCACGGUCAGCUUGGGAACCCCCGGGCCGAAGAUAAGUCGGUGACGAACGUGGAGGGCGCAUUGAAAGGUGAAUACGUCAAGGAAAUCUCGGCGGGGUCAUUUCAUGUGGCGGCGCUCACGGCGAAGGGGCAGGUUUACACGUGGGGAAAGGGAAGGAAUGGGAGGCUCGGACUGGGGGACGCUGAAGAUAGAAACUCUCCGGCUUGUGUUGAGGCGCUGAAAGAUCGGCAGGUGCAGUGUGUCGCCUGUGGGUCUAGUUUCACUGCGGCCAUCUGCUUACACAGGUCUAUCUUGAGCUGCGACCAGUCUGUCUGCAAUGGCUGCCACUUGGUUUUUGGGUUCACCAGAAAGAAGCAUAACUGCUACAACUGCGGCCUACUGUUCUGCCAUUCAUGCACCGGCAGGAAGGCCCUGAAUGCGUCCCUCGCGCCGGACAAGAACAAGCAGUCUCGGGUCUGCGACUCGUGCUUCAAGCAGCUGAAGGUCUCCGAGAGCUCAAGCUUGAUAGAACGUGAGACCUCGAGCCCACGGCUGGCUCUCCUGGUGCAGAAGCGGCUCUCGGUCUUGAAAGCGGACCUGAGGAAGGCGGGGGUCCACCAGCCGAAGAUAUUUUCUCCGAAACUUCACUGCCGGGAGGCGAUAAGCAAUGUCGAAGAUUCGGCGACGGUGAAUCAGGUCUCCUCCCAGAAGAACUCCCUUCCGUCUCCUCUCUUUCCCAGCCGACGACGGCGAUGGGGGCAGGUCUCCUGCCCAGUGCUCUUCAGUGAGUUUCAGACGAGCCAUGCCACGGGGAGAGGUGAAGAGUACGAAGGCUCCGACAUCUGUCUUCAAGAGAAUCGACUCAACUCCAAGUCAAUGUCUUUUUCUUCCUCCAGCUUGAAGGCGGACUUUAGGAACCCUGACAAGCUUCUUGUCGAAGAACUGCAGCAGCUUAGAGAUGAGGUAAACCUGGAAAUUUGUCUACGGUGUCGACUCUUCUCUGGAAUUUCUGGCUGCCGUGGGAGCCCAAGAUCCUGCUUUUACACUGAGGGGGCCAUCAAAAUCAGUUCUUGCCAUAUUGAGUAUUAUUUCUUGCCAUAUUUAUCAUGAACAGAAUGUGAAAUAUGGAGUUAUGAGUAUAACAAAUGGGCAUAAAAUUGUACAGAACAACAUACUAGGAUCAAGCAUGAAGCAUAAAAAUAAGCUGAAACUCGAGUAAAUUCAGAGAAACUAAAUAGAAGUGUCCACAGAAUAUGAUCAUCAUAGUAUAGAAUGCAGUUCCAAACAUUGGUUAAAGAAAUUCUCCUACGUCGUUGAUCUUUUUUGAAAAGGGCUAAUGCAUGAGAUUGACGAAAAAUAAAAGCUCCUGCCUAAUGGGCAACGUCAGUGUCUUUCUUCUUCUUUUUCUUUGCACAUGCUAAUCAGUUAAUGCCCAGAGACUUACCUGACCAUGCCGAAUGAAAUACUUCCACUUACCAAUUGAAUGGUUGUUUUAUAUUGUCUGUGAUAUAUGGGUCCUGUUUAAUUUCUUUUAUAUUUCGUCAGAAAACUUAUAUCAACAAGGUUUCAGAGGUUUCGUUUCAUUUUCUAUUCGAUGCAUCCUUUGAAGGCAAUCUUUGCAUUACCUUGUCCGCCCUUCUAACAGGUAAGAAAUCUCACUAGAGAAUGUCAGGAUAAGGUAGAAAAACUGGAACAGUGUAAGCAGCGAGUCAAGGAGACAUUGUCAAUGGCGAGGGAUGAAGCUGCCAGGUGCAUUGCGGCAAAAGAUGCUAUAAAAGCGUUGACUGAACAGGUAGAAGAUCAAACCCCUCCUCCUUUUUAUUUAUUUUUACUGAGAUUAUCAUGGAUAACAUUAUUGGAUAUUCUUCAACCGAAAGCCUACCAUAUUCCUCUCUAUUCUCUUCAAUUAUUGAAAAAUUAACUCUGGACCUCUCUCCAUCCAAAGAGAAGACUUGCCUUCUUUUUCCUCUUUCAUCUGGCUGAUAUUCAUGCCGACUUGCAAUGAAUCUCUGCGUUCUUAUGCAGAUGAACGCCAUCGCAGAGAAAUUCCCAGCAGCAGGAGAGGUGAAAAGCCUGGGCUCCAUAUUAUACGACAGAUUUGUUCAAACUCCCGAGCAUGCAUGCAUUCAAACUAAGCUGUCAGAGGCGGCCAAGUUGGUCGCUGAUGCUAAUGGCGCUGAAGAAGCUUUGAAGGAUAUACAACGAAGCGAUUCACGCGACUGCCUCAGUCCAUCCGCUGAUCCUUCGAUAGAGACGAAGAAGAGAACUGAUCGGCGCCGGCAAACUGGUUCGCCUAAUGAACCACAUUUAGCCGAAUCCAAUGCGUCCAAUCCAUCGAAGACUGAGUGGAUCGAACAGGACGAACCCGGUGUCUACAUCACCUUCAUGAUCUUGCCCAGCGGCCGAAAAGGCCUGAAGCGAGUGAGAUUCAGGUGAUAUUCUCGACCCGGAAUCUUUUCCUCUCGUCAGGCUAGUAGAGCUUCGGUCUGUGCGCCGGAAAUUUCCCUACUUUCCUCAUCUGACUUGAUUUAUGCUGUGCAGCCGGAGACAGUUUAGUGAGAAGGAAGCUGAAAAAUGGUGGAAGGAGAACCAGAUCAGAGUAUAUGUAAAGUACGACAUUGAACAGAUGGCUAGCACGGCCAGCGGGAAGACUUGA